CAUGUUCUCUGGCACAGUGUUGCCGACGAUAUCUCCCCCGCACCUUCGACAGGAGCAUUAUACCCUGAAGCGACGUACUCCGCGACAGCUGCAGGUAUAAGCUAUACAGAUCGCAUUGACUCGGGACCGCUUGCCCCGUAGACCUGCACCGCCCUCGUCUCACGCAGCUCCCAGCGCCACCCGAUCCAAAUUCUUGCCCUGGACUCGUAUCCGGGCCGUCGCACCUCCGCCAACACCAGCGCAGACCCAAAAUGGGUGUCGACUGCGGCUUCGACGUCUAUCCCUCGCUCAGCCCGCAAUGCCAAGGCCUGUACGAAGCUUUUCUUGAAGAAGUCAUUCAGAAAUACAAAGACGCACUUCAUCCUAAUACUGGCGAACGCCUUAUCCAGAUCAUCGGCACACCAGAGACUAAAAACGCUUACGUCUUCUUCAAUGUUGGCGAGGGUCCUACACUACCCUACCGCUCCGAGUACUUCCUACGCUUCGAGUCUAAACUCGUUAGCCGCGACAAUGUGAUGCCGUAUCUAAAGGAAGUCUACCAAAUCGCCCGACGAUACUUCCCCGACAAUGUCCAUUUUUGGGCAGCUGGAACGUCACCAGCUUUGGUUAGACUAUUGGAUAAGAUACCAGAUAUAAGAGAAGAGGAAGGAACUGUUCGCGAGGAUCAUGAAUAUGUAUAUAAGAUGUUGCAAGAAAUGAGACGUCUGGCGAAAGAAGACUAAGAGCGGAGCACGCAAAUUGAUGUAGAAAAGGAAGCUGCUUAACGCCUUGCGGGAUCAUCGCGCAAAAGGUAUAAACAGAAUAUUUUAGACUUCUCAUAUGACUCUUCUAGCCGGCACGCUAACCGUUGUUUCUAC